CAUGAAGGAAAGGAGGAAUACACAGCCGCUGGUGGCGAGAUGCAAACUGGUUCUUGUGGGGGACGUUCAAUGCGGAAAAACUGCAAUGUUGCAAGUCCUGGCGAAGGAUUGUUAUCCAGAGACCUACGUGCCCACGGUGUUUGAAAACUACACAGCCUGUCUGGAGCUGGAGGAGCAGCGAGUGGAGCUCAGUCUGUGGGACACCUCAGGUUCUCCAUACUAUGAUAACGUGAGGCCCCUGUGCUACAGUGACUCAGACGCAGUUUUGCUGUGUUUUGACAUCAGUCGCCCUGACACUGUGGACAGCAGUCUGAAGAAGUGGAAAACUGAGAUCUUGGACUUCUGUCCGAGCACACGUAUCCUGCUCAUUGGCUGUAAGACAGACCUGCGCACAGAUGUCUGCACGCUGAUGGAACUGUCCAAUCAGAAACAGACUCCCAUCACCUAUGAGCAGGGUUCUGCUAUGGCCAAGCAGCUGGGUGCAGAGGCUUAUCUUGAGUGCUCAGCGUUCACCUCGGAGAAAAGCAUCCACAGCGUGUUCCGCACCGCAGCGAUGGCCUGCAUCAACAAGCUGCAGCCUCUACCGAAAUCCAGCCCCACCCGUCGACUGUCCAAACGACUUCUCCACUUGCCCAGCAAGUCAGAUCUGCUCUCUUCCACCUUCAAGAAGGAGAAGGCCAGGAGCUGCUCAGUCAUGUGAGUGGAGACCUCUUGGGUUACAGUUCUCACAUGCGAUCCCCAGCCCC